AUUAUGAAGUGAGGGGACCCGGUGGGAGUGAAGCUAUAGUCUGGAGCCAUUCGUGACUGCUUUUGUUGCCCUAUUUCACAACUCUUGCCCACACCCAUGCCCCAUCCAAAAGUACAAUAAACAAUAAAAAAGGCUAGCUAUGGGAAUUAUGAGGUGGACAGAGUAUGAAAUCACCUAUCAUUAAGUCAAGGCCACUGUAAAUUACUCUGAUCUGGCUCCAGUUGCUCACCCCUUUCCCAAGAGUUUACGCGCUUUGUUAACCGAAGAGGGCAGGGCACAUGCUCUGCUUCUAUACUAAAAUCUAAGAUCUCCUCAAUGCACGCCAUCAUUAGUAGAAAAUGCCGGAUACGAUCAUUUUUUCCACUCGAUCCAUUAAUAUGCUUUCAAUUCUCUCUAUGUGGGUGCAAUUUGCAAAACUUAGUCAAACGUCCCAUUUCUUGUCAACUGAUCUGCCCUAGGAAAUCCAAAUUCGCAAUGUUCCUCCACCAUCACGAAAGCGCUUUCACAUGUCUUUUUAAAAAUCUCCAUGCCCCAUCACUCACCCUUUGAGAAAAUUGGAUUCCAAAGCCUAUCUUCUUCAUGUAAAAAUGACAACGAGGAUGUUCCAGUUGGCAGUUGCUUCCCAUAAAAUAAAAAAAAAAAAAAUCCACAGGAAGUGAGAGCGGAGCGGAAUUAAAGGAAAGACAAAUGGAUCCCACCGAUCCGAAAUUGAUGUUGAGGAGGCAGGCUUGAGAGAGAGAAAGGGAAAGUGGCGCAGUACGCGGUUUGUAAGUUUCAAUGAGAAGGUGGGACCAUGUCAUGUGGCCACACCGACACAUGAUGGGUGCCAGCUCAUUCACACUCUGCUACUGCUAACACCCUACCCCUAAUCCCUAUAUAUCAAUUUCAUUUUCCUUUCUUUCUUUUUCUCAUAUUUAUAACGUUCAUUCACUCUAAUCUCUCUCCGCUACUGCUCUGUAACCAACUAACAAGAUGGCUAAGCUGUUGAUGUCCAUUGCUCUCUGUCUCCUCCUCGUGUACGUUAGCGAGGCCCGCCCUAUGCGGAAACCCUUCGUCCUCCAUGGCCGCGUCUACUGCGACACUUGCCGCGCUGGAUUCGAGACCUCCGCAACCACUUACAUCGCCGGUGCAAGAGUUAGAAUUGAGUGCAAAGACAGGAACAGCUUACAGCUUGUUUACAGCGUUGAGGGGGUGACUGACUCAACUGGAACAUACAAGUUCUCAAUUGCAGAUGAUCAUGGGGACCAAAUGUGUGAUGCUGUUCUAGUGAAGAGCCCACAGCCUGACUGUGCAAAAGUAGAUGCAGGACGCGAUCGCUCCCGUCUUAGCCUCACCCGCAGCAAUGGUCUUGUUUCUGAUACUCGUUUUGCAAAUGCCAUGGGAUUCAUGAAGGAUGAGCCUGCUUCUGGCUGCACCCAACUGCUCAAGCAAUACCAGGAAUCUGAUGACUAAAAUACCUUAUUGUCAAUUCUUUUGUCUACAUCUUAAGUAUUAUUUAUAUUUUGAUUAAUGAUGCUUUCAGCUUCUAUAUUCCCUUCUUAUUGGGCUGGAUGAUGGUUUUAUGACACCCUGCUUUAGAAGUAAUAUAUUCUGUUCAUCAUAUGUAGUUGGCCAUGGACCUGUGGCUUCCAAAUUAUAGCUUAUUGAUUGAUUGCCA